AGAUUUUGGAGCCGGUUUUUUUAUUAUUAAACAUCACAGGACAAAGAAUUUUAUGAUUGCAUAUGGCGUCUAUAUAAUUGCCAAGGCAGUUUGAUGUUUGACUAUCGGUUUGUGAUUAAUAGAUAUAAUUUCAAUAAAAAUGUCAAAUUUAAAUGAAUAUGAUGAUUACCGAGACUCAGACUUAAUCGAUGAAGCUACGUUUGAUCAAAUACAGCAGGAAGCAAGGGAAAAGGGUUUAACUCUAUUUGAUCUGGAAGACAUACAAGAACCAAAAUUUAUUAAACACGAUUAUUCAAAUCAAGAAAAUUCAUUGGAGGGUUUGAAUAUAGAUCAGUUUAACUCAAGAUGUGAUAUUCCAUCAAAUGAAGAAUUUCCAGGCCAUCUCAAGUUUCAAUUGCUUUUACCAAAUCAAAAUACAUCAAAAAAUUUGAUGUACUCUCAAAGUCUUAAAAAAGUAUAUAUCAAUAUGGAACAAACCUUACCUAUACGAUUCAAAUGGGACCCACCUGUGGAUGGCUUAUAUCUGCGUACUUCUAUGGUAUUUAGUUUGGAUCAAUACAGAAAUGAUCCUGUACAUAGAUGCCACAAUCAUAUGGCCUUAUCAAAUCCCAGCAAUCAAGAUAUAAAUCCUAGAAUAAUUAAGCAUGUGGUUCGUUGUUCAGAGCCAUCAAGCAUAUAUGAAAAUAAUAACGAUCAUUUGUCUGUGAUUACACCAUUGCGUACACCACAAGUUGGUUCACAAUAUGUUCAAUUGUAUUUUCAAUUCUUUUGUAAGAAUAGUUGUACAUCUGGGAUGAAUCGUAGACCAACAGAACUAGUUUUCACAUUAGAAGAUAGUCAGUAUAGUGUCCUUGGACGUCGUAAAUUACUAGUUAGAGUUUGUAGUUGUCCUAAGAGAGACAAAGAAAAAGAGGAAAAUGGAACCACAAAUGAUGUAUCUGGUUCCAAUAAAAGAAAACGUACAGUUACUCCAAGUAAAAAGGUUAUUUUACCAUCAUGUGAUACACAUGUUUAUAAUAUUCAACUAAACGUUGUUGGCAAAGAAAAUUAUUUAGCGGUCAUGAAAUAUGCUCAUGAUGUUAUGGCUGGUCAAGCUUCGCGAACGGGACAAGUAGAAUUUUUUAAACCUUAUAUGGAUAGCAUAUUACAUAAAAUGCCAUAACUUUUUAAUUAAAAAUUUUAAAUGAAACAUUAAAAGAAAAAGUGUUACUAUAAAUUUAAUCAUUGUUGUAAUCGUAAGAUAUACAAAAUUUUAAAUAAUAAAUAUACAUAACGAU